UGUGCGCUGCGCGCAGCGCUGCGGGCCGAGGCUGCGCCUGCGGGUGGGACGGUCCCGGCACGCUGCGCGCGUUUCCGCGAAGUCCCGCCGGCCGGUUCCCGGAACCGCGCGGGGGAGGCUGUGGGGCGCCGUGCUUUCGUUUCUGCAAGGCAUCUCCGCGCUAGGUUUGGCCAGGUCCCGGGGACAGAGUGUGCGACCUCUGCCCUUGUCCAUUCCUCCAGGGCUCCAAGAAAAGCCGGCCCGGGCGCGCGCGUUUGGAUUCCUUUUCGGCGCCCUCGCACGCCUUAUUCUGCUCUGCGCCCCCGCAAAGCUUCUGACCUUGGGGCGCACGGCGGGGUUAAGCUCCUUCCCGGGGUACCCCAGCCAGCCAGAGGCUUCGAAUGGGAGAUCCAGUGUGAUGCACUAGCACGCGGGCUGCCUGUCAUUCCAGCCCUCGGGAGGCUGAAGCAGGCGGGUCACUGCGAGUUCAAGGCCAGUUUGAACUACAGAGCGAGACCCUGUCUCAAAAAACCAAUAAAAAGAAAGAAAAUGGUGGGGCGGGUGCGCCAGAAUCAGACAGACAGAUUCCAGUCCCAGCCCGGCCACUUGCUGGCUGUGACGGUGACUUAUUGGAACUGUUUCCCCGUGUGCCGACUCAGUGCCGGCUCAGGGUUCAUGGGAGGAAGUUGCCCGCCGAAUGCCCGGCACAGGGAAGGGUGCUUUCCCCGGAAAGGUUACGGAGGAGAUGGGCUCGUAGGGUGGGUGGACUGGUUCUUUCCACGGUCGACGCCCUGGGCGAGAAGCAGGGAGCCUGAUGCAAAAAGGAACUGGCGGGCGUGAGGGGACUCCCCGGCAGGUGGGGGUGGGGGUGUGGCCAGGCUGCACUUGUGGGAGUUCUGGCUUUUCACAGAUUUAACAGGAAGCACAGCGCUGAGUUUCAGCUCCUGCCUCUGCCUUUAGCUAGCAGCCUUGGUUGGCCAAGCUGUAAAAUGGGGAUAAUGGAGUCUCUUCCUCCCCUCUGCUUUGGCAACUGCAGCCUGCCAGGUCUCAGAGGAAGCUUCAAGAGCUGUGAGCAGCAGGAUGUGGCAGUGCACGCCUGUAAUCCCAGCGCCUAAGAGGCUGAGGCAGGAGGAUCCCUGAGUGUGAACAAAGAAGAGUGAGUCCAAAUCCAAGUACAAGCCGGGCACAGUGGCACACCUGCCGUCCUGGCACUUGGGAGGCUGAGGCAGGAGAAUCACUACUAGUUCAG